AUGACACUCCCAUUAGGAGCCGUACAGCUAGCUGUGGUAUCAUUCAUCGUGGGCCCCAUGGCUAUCAUCGCUGUGGCGCUCAGACUGUGGUCCAGGUAUCUCCAGGGAAGGCAUCUCGCUGGAAAUGAUUACUUGGCAUUGGUAGCAUUGAUACUGGCUGAGUCCGCUUUGUCUGUGUUUCUGGCAGCUGGCUUUGCAGCUGGCUUAGGGGUUCAUUUAGAUGAACUUUUAGCAACAGCACCCCGAAAGUUCGCUCUGCACAUGAAGCUUUUCAUACCUGCUCAGCUGCUGUGGGCCGCAGCCAACUCGUGUGUCAAGGCAUCAAUAUUAUGUCUCUACAUCGACCUCUUUCCCAACAAGGUCUUUUGCCGUUUGUGCUAUGGUACCCUCUUCAUCACUGCCGCGUAUUUCGCCAUGGUAUUGGUCGAGACCUUCGCGCUUUGCAAACCUGUCCAGUAUAACUGGGACAAAUCGAUUGAGGGACAUUGCACGGGUGAAAAUAUCGCUUAUCUGGUUGCUGGCAUUGUCAAUCUCACCAUUGACACUUUCAUUGUUGUACUGCCGAUGCCUCUGGUUUUCAACCUGCAAUUGAUUUUGUCUAAAAAAAUUGCCGUCUCUGCAAUGUUCAGCCUCGGGGCGUUUAAUGGCAUGCUUCAGGGUACGAAAGACAGUUCCAACAGCGGUGAGAACUAUAGUAGCCGAUCGAGUCGAAAGCUCAACGGCAAAGUGAAAGGCAAUCUUACUCGUGAAUUCGAACGGCUGGAUGACGAACUUGCACUUCAUGAAGUGCACAUUAACAGUCAUCCUAAUAUCGGUCUCAUCAGCGAUGACCACAGAUCGUCGAGUCCAAGUUCGCCUUGA